CCUUGGUCGACAGCUCACUCACUUUCCUGAAUCUGUAGGAAAGCUCGCUCCAGAUUUUCAUGUCUUUGGUAAGCAAUUAUUGACUUUACACCCAUUUUUCUAUUAUUUCACAUUUAUUUUUACUGCUCAUAUUAAUUAAUGUUUUCUUUGGGCGGUUACACCUCCUUGCAUACGUAAGCGGAAACCAGACUAGAAGAAGGAAAACUACAUAAUAAAUCCCACCGGCGUAUGUUAGCUUUUGCUGCAGAAGAGCAAAUGUCCGUUUGAAGAGUUGCAUGCGUUUUCAGUUCAUAAGGUGUAUGGUGGAUCGGCGCAUGGUUUUAUCAGGAAAAAAAUAUUUAGAUUCAGAAUGUUUGGGAAGUUCGACAGAUCCUCGUCAAUGCAUAAGCGUGUGAUGGUACCGAGGGAUUACAUUAAUGAUAUUGAAGAUAAUGCGGAUAGUUUACAGAGAAGUUUGGAGCAAGAUAUUACAAGUCCACCAUGGAAGCUUUCCUUACCGCACGUACUCGUGGCUACUAUAGUUCCUUUCUUAUUUGGCUAUCAUCUUGGAGUUGUAAACGAACCACUUGAAACAAUUUCUGUUGAUCUUGGCUUUCACGGUAACACCAUGCAAGAAGGUUUGGUGGUUAGUACUUGUCUUGCUGGUGCUUUUCUUGGAUCCCUUAUGAGUGGUUGGAUUGCUGACGGGAUUGGGCGUCGUAGAUCUUUUCAGUUGUGUGCUUUGCCUAUGCUUGUCGGAGCUUCCAUUUGUGCAGUGGCUACAAGUUUGUCAGGAAUGUUGCUGGGAAGGUUUUUAGUUGGUACUGGUUUGGGUGUGGGUCCCCCAGUUGCAUCUCUUUAUGUCACAGAGAUAUCACCUGCGCAUGUGAGGGGUACGUACGGGAGCUUUAUUCAGAUAGCAACUUGUUUUGGGUUCAUGGCCGCACUAUUGAUUGGGAUUCCCGUCAGUAAUAUCUUUGGCUGGUGGCGCGUUUGCUUUUGGGUAUCAACCAUUCCAGCUUCGAUGCUAGCUCUUUUAAUGGCGUUUUGUGUUGAAUCUCCACAGUGGCUCUACAAGCAAGGAAGAACUGAGGAAGCUGAAGCUGAACUUGAGAAGCUUGUUGGAGGUUUACAUGCGAAAGCUGCAAUGGUAGAGCUGUCCAAAACAGACAGAGGAGAUGAAGUUGAUACCAUAUCCCUCAUAGAAAUGCUCUGUGGAAGGCACGGCAGAGUUGUUUUUAUUGGGUCAUCCCUAUUUGCUUUACAACAGCUUUCUGGAAUAAAUGCUGUGUUUUAUUUCUCUGCAACUGUAUUUAGACGCGCUGGAGUUUCCUCGAACCUGGCAAAUGUUUCUGUGGGGGUUGCAAAUAUGAUAGGUUCUUUUAUUGCGUUGGUGUUGAUGGAUAAACUAGGAAGAAAGGCCCUCCUCCUCUGGAGCUUCUUUGGCAUGGCUGUAUCAACAGUUAUUCAAGUUCUCGCAUCAUCUUUGCCAGCUUCAGGUCCUCUUGGUUUUUAUCUAUCUACGAGUGGAAUGCUGAUGUUUGUCUUAAUGUUUGCUGUUGGAGCUGGUCCAGUACCUGGCCUUUUACUCCCAGAAAUAUUUCCCAGCCGAAUUAGAGCUAAAGCUUUGGCAUUUUGUAUGUCUGUGCAUUGGGUGUUAAAUUUUCUGGUGGGGUUAUUGUUCUUGCGUUUGCUUGAGCAGAUGGGUCCUCAGCUAUUGUACUCGAUUUUCGGUGGAUUCUGUUUGCUGGCAGUGGUCUUCAUAAAGAGAAAUGUGCUCGAAACCAAAGGAAAAUCACUUCAUGAAAUUGAGAUAGCCCUCCUUCCUCAAGAAUACUCCUAAUACAAAUCACUUCCUUGUGCUACUACGUUGAUUAUAUACAAUCUAUUAUCGCAACAAUAGGGUAGCAUAUAUUAGUAAAUGUUUACGAUGUACGAAGCCACAUUAAUAUGAUUCACUUUUUUCGUAUCUUG